UCGGACAAACUUCCAGUCGGACAUCUCCGGCUAAGCCUUCAGAGCUAUGGUCAGAUGCCGAACGGACUGCCUGGAAAAGCCCCUGCGGGUCUGCUUUGAAAUGACGGGUCGUUUUAUCGGCUCCCAUCCCUGGUGGUUCCUGGUCGUCCCGCUUAUCGUCUCCGCUGCUCUGGGAAGCGGGUUCUGUUUUCUCCAGGACAGACUGUCCAAUGACAUCGAGGAGCAGUUCACCCCUGUUGACGGACUGGCCAAGAUGGAGAGGAAAUACAUCGAAGAAACCUUUCCCAGAAAUAGCUCCAUGUUCUCAAGUUUCAGGCUGAGCACCGAUGGCAGUUACGCCACUCUGAUGGCAACAAGUGAUGGGAACGUUCUGACUGCUGAGUUGCUUCACAACAUCCUCGAUCUGGACUUGAGGGUCAGAAGCAUGCAGGUGGAGUUUGAAAACGACUCUUUUCAAUAUGGUGACGUCUGCGCCAAAGUGAUGGACUCCUGCGCCUCCAGUGAUUUCCUAGAUGUAAUAGAGUACAAUGCCAGCCAUGUGAAGUCCAUCAACUUGACUUUUCCCUGGUAUCGCACUGAUUGUAAAUCCGUCCCUUUAUAUUUAAGCCUGGGGAGUGUGAAAGUUCACACAGAAACUUCCUUUAUUGAGAGUGCUAAAGCAGUGCAGCUCCGAUACUACUUGGACGAGAGCAACCAGACAAAAAAUAACUUGUGGUUGGAAAGCUUUAUCGGCUUACUCUCAAAUGAGUCUGAGUCUUCUCUUCAGAUGUCAUACACCACUUCAAAGUCAAUGCAGUGGGAAUUUGAGAAAUCCCCAGCUUCUGUCAUCUAUUUAUUCUCCAUCGCCUAUGCUGUUGUCAUCCUGUUUUCGAUUGUGACUUGUUGGAGGCUAGACAGUGUGAGGACCAAAGUUUGGGUGGCCUUCUGUGGAGUUCUUUGCACAGGCCUAGCAGUCAUGAGUGGAUUCGGAGUCCUGUUGCUGCUGGACCAACCUUUUGUCAUGACAGCUGCCUCCUGUCCUUUUAUGAUCUUGGGCAUCGGGCUGGACGACAUGUUCAUCCUGAUCUCCUGCUGGCAGAGGACCCGCGUCCUGGACGAUGUUCCAGACCGACUGGGCGCGACAUACAGAGACGCCGCCAUCUCCGUCUCCAUCACCACCCUCACCGACGCUCUGUCUCUCUUCCUGGGCUGCAGCUCGCCCUUCGGCUCAGUCCGGUCCUUCUGCCUCUAUGCUGGCAUUUCCGUUUGCUUCUGCUAUUUGUACAGCAUCACCUUCCUCGGUGCGUGCAUGGCUCUGAAUGGACUGAGGGAAUCGGAGAAAAGACACUGGUUCACCUGUGCCCGAGUGCCGGAGGACUCUCAAUCAAGACCUUCAAACGCAUUCAGGGUGUGCUGUGCAGGGGGCGGUUACGACCACACAACUGAAAAGGAGGAAACUGAGCCCAUGUCUCGUUUUUUUCAGCAUUUCUUUAGUCCAUGUCUCAUCCACAAAGGGACUAAAGUUUUUGUACUUGUGAGUUAUGCAGGCUAUUUGGCCGUAAGCAUCUACGGCAUUGUCCUGCUGAAGGAAGGACUCGACAUCAAGAACCUUGCUUUGGACGACUCCUACCUAACAAGAUACUACAGGCACCAAGAGGAGCACUUCUCUAAAUAUGGCUACAACGUGAUGGUGGCGGUGAAACAACCCAUUGCAUACUGGAACGAUAGUGACCAGAGGGAUCUAGACUCUUGCAUUUCAAGUUUUGAAAAACUGGACUUUGUCAAUAGCACAUACGCUUGGUUCACCUCCUACAAACACUAUGCUAGCACUUCUGAGCUGAAUAUUAGCUCCGAAGAAGCCUUCCACUCCCAUUUGUCUCACUUCUUGGAGCUCAACCCGAUGUUUAAACUAGACCUCAAUUUGACAGCAGGAAGCACCGUACAGGCCUCUCGCUUUUUUGUUCAAACACUAAACCACUCCACGUUGAAGGAUAUGAUGACCGGACUCAGGGUGACUGCAGAGGAAUGUCCAAUUGAGCUGCUGGUGUACCACCCUGCUUUCAUCUACUUCGACCAGUACAUGGUCAUCUCAGACAGCACCAUUCAGACCAUCCUCGUCGCUGCCAUGGCAAUGCUGCUCGUCUCACUGACGCUGAUACCCAAUCCCCUUUGCUCCGUCUGCGUGGCCUUCUCCAUUUGUUCAGUGGUCGUUGGCGUUGCAGGGUUCAUGUCGCUGUGGGGGGUCAGUCUGGACUCAAUAUCCAUGAUUAACCUGAUCAUGUGCAUCGGAUUCUCUGUCGAUUUCUCUGCGCACAUUUCGUACGCUUUCGUCUCAAGUCCCAAGGGUGAUGCCAAUGAGAAAGCUGCAGAGGCUUUGGGCCACCUGGGCUAUCCGAUACUGCAGGGAGCGCUGUCCACUGUUUUAGGAGUGGUGGUGUUGUCCGUGUCUGGGAGCUACAUCUUUAGGACGUUCUUCAAGAUCAUGUUUCUUGUGAUCGCGUUCGGCUUGCUCCAUGGCCUUGUGUUUAUUCCGGUCUUUCUCACACUGGUCGGUGCUUACAGUAAGGGUUGUUAA